CAGGUAUUGAGAAGGCCGCGAAUCGAGUCAUCCCUUGCAUGUCCCCGACGCGCACGGGAAAAGCUAGGAAAGAUGGGCGGCUCGGCAUUGUUUCCGCGGCACAUCCAGAACCUCAGCGACGCGAGCAGUCUCGAGCACCACUGGGGGUAUGCGGACCGCGCCGUGCCGUGCACCAACGAUGCCGGCUCUUGCGCCUACCUCGAUGCCGUUUACAAUGCACACGACGCCGGGAUGAUAUACACGGCGGCCAUAUGGGGUACCAUCGGCCUCGUGCUUCUCGUGCUUGGCUUCAUUCACGUCGUCCGUGCCAACGCCGCGCCUGUCGCUCGCAGAGGCAGCUCCAUCGCCAGAGGCAAGCGUGCAAUAGCCGCAGGGCUAAGAAGAAUUUUCUUGCCCGAGGGUGUGCGCAUCGUAUUUGGUCGAACGACUCGCUUGCAGGUCACGAUUCUUGCCGUGAUGGCUGCGUACCUACUGCUGUGGACCUUCUUGGGUUACCCAUUUAAAACAUGGGUGACACCCGUAAAGAACAAGCCUGGCCUAUACAACACACGCACAAGUCUCGGCCCCUUCGCAGAUCGAGUCGGCGUCCUGGCCUAUGCAAUGACGCCACUAUCGGUCCUCUUCUCCUCGCGCGAGUCGAUCUUGUCCAUCAUCACCGGCAUACCACACCAUCACUUCAUCUUUCUGCAUCGAUGGCUCGGGUAUAUCAUCCUCAUGCAGGCUGCGCUCCACACGAUUGGAUGGUCCAUCGUCGAGAUUCGUCUCUACCAGCCACAGCCUUCUACGGCACAAGCCUGGAUCAAGCAGACGUAUAUGGUCUGGGGAGUCGUCGCCAUGAUUCUCCUCCUUCUGCUUUGGGCACUCAGCACGCAGACCGCCAUCCGCUAUACAGGCUACGAAUUUUUCCGCAAAGCCCACUACGUCCUCGCCAUGGUCUACAUUGGCGCUUGCUAUGGCCAUUGGGACCAGCUGAGCUGCUUCCUGCUUCCUUCACUCAUCCUGUGGUUCAUUGACCGCAGCGCUCGUUUCGUGCGCACAGCGCUGUUGCACUACAACUACGUGACACCUCAAGGCGCCAGCGGCUUCAGGGCCGCACAGGCGCGCGCUAGGCUCUUUCCAGAUAGCCCGAACGGCGACGUGGUGAGGCUCGACUUUGAGCACCCCCACCAGCCCUGGAAAGUUGGACAGCACUUCUACCUAACCUUCACGGAAGGGAGCAUUUGGCAGUCGCACCCUUUUACCCCGAUCUCCUAUCCCAUCCUUUCAAAAGGGACUACCCGCCAUUCGUACAUCUUCCGUGCCAAGCAAGGUGAAACGCACAAAAUCGCCAACAAGCUGGGGGCUGCCGCUGGUACUGCUGCUGGUAACAUCCCCGAGUCCAAUGCUAGCAUAGAUUCUGAAUCAAAAAAUGCGAAGAAGCUCAUGACGACCACCACGGCCGUUAUCCUCACCGGACCAUACGGGCAAUCCAUCGUUGACGACUUGCUUCCGGCAUACAUGCAAGGCAGCAACACGAACAUCCUCUGUGUCGCAGGCGGUACCGGCAUCACCUUUGUCCUCCCUGUCCUUUGGCAUCUUGCUCACCUCGACGCAUUUCAAGGACCGCGGCCAUGCAGCAUCUCCGUCGCUCUCGUCUGGGCCAUACGCAGGAAGCAGGACGUGCUAUGGGUCGAAGAAGAGCUCGAUGCGCUACGCGCUAUUGCGGGAAAGUGCAUCAGCAUCGAGGUCUACGUGACGCGUGGGGUCGACCGUGCUCGCGUGCUGCGAUCUGCGACUUCGUCAAGUGUGGAGAAAGGCCAAGGCACCAUUGACUGCAGCAAGUGCGAUGAGGAUCCCGCCCCGCUUGACCUCGCCCCUGAUGCCGCAGAUGCAGCUGCAGCCACCGCAGAGGGCGAAGAAGGAGGCCCUGAGGCACCGUACUUGCUCCGGCGCCCAGACCUGCAUGCUGUUGUCACCAACUUUGUCGACAGCACCGCAUGUGGGCCAACGACUGUGUUCGCAAGCGGUCCCGGCGGCAUGAUCAGCGAAUUACGCGACGCGGUUGCAAGCUGCAAUUCCGCGGGGAGGGUGUGGAAAGGAGACGACAGAGCAGACGUCAGCCUCGUCUCCGACAAUCGCCUCGAGUGGUGAUGUGGUCUGUACGGCAAAAGCAAAAUUGUUGGCGGAGCUGUCCGUGCAGACUGUCUUGAUGUCUGCGCUCGGCGCCGCACCCCACACGCAUCGGCACAGCAAGAGCAGGGAAAGUCGUCCACAGUCAAAAACACAGUUUCACAUGUAUCCCAACAUAUUAUUUGCAAUCAUCAUUGUUG